CCUCUUCUUCGAUGUCUUAGCACGGAGAAAAACACACACUCUCUCUCCCUCUUCUUCCGUACGCGAUCUCUUUCACUAUCUUCCAAUUCCCAAUUUUUCACCACACACUACUGCAAAUCCUUCUCCAUUUUCUCGCAUUUUGGGUUUCUAGGUUUUUUUCCCUUUGGGGGGUUCUGAGUGAUUCAGAAAAAAAAAUAUUUUUCCCCCUUUUUUUUUGCGUACUCAGAUUUGAGCUGAAUAUCACAGUGUGGGGUUGAACUCAGAUUCACGGUGUGGAACAAUUCGAAGGUUUUAGCAGCCAUUUUCAGUCUCUAAUUUCUGUCUCUGACUCUGAAGUACUGCUUUUGGAAUUAUUGGAUUCUUCAUUUGGUGAGGAUUUUGGAAGGAUCAUAGUGCUUAUAAACUCCACCUACUAAUGUGAAAUGAUAGACAUUUCGAACUAUUAACGGGAUUUGUUUAAGCAACUUGUUUGCCACAUUGCAAUAUAUAAAAUACAAAUAUGCCUUCAUGGUGGGGGAAAUCAUCGUCAACCAAGAAGAAAGCAAAUAAGGAAAGUUUUAUCAAUGCAUUUCACCGAAAAUUUAAAAUCCCAUCCGAAGGUAAACCAAACAGUAGAUCCGGAGGAUCUCGUAGACAUAGCAAUGACUCAAUUUCGGAGAAAGGGGCUCAGUCUCCUCCUGAAUCAAGAUCUCCUUCGCCUUCCAAAGUGGGAAGGUGUCAAAGCUUUGUUGAUAGGCCUCAUGCCCAGCCACUACCACUUCCUGGCCUGCACCCAUCAAAUAUAAGCCGAGCAGAUUCUGAAAUUAGUAUACCAUCAUCUAGAGCAAGACAUGAAAAGGGCUCCAAACCAUCAUUGUUUCUUCCACUACCAAAACCGGUGUGCAUCCGUGGUAGGUUGAACCCUGCUGAUUUGGAUGGAGAUUUGGUCACUGCUUCAGUCUCUAGUGAGAGCUCUGCUGAUAGUGAUGAACCAGUGGACUCUCGCAAUCGUAGUCCUUUGGCAACUGACUGUGAAACUGGGACUAGAACUGCUGCAGGCAGUCCCUCCAGCUUGAUGGUCAAGGAUCAAUCAACUACUGUUUCCCAAAUAAACUCAAGGGAAGCUAAAAAACCGGCAAACAUUCUUGGUAAUCAUACGUCUUCUACUUCACCAAAACGUAGGCCCUUAAGCAACCAUGUUACGAAUCUGCAGAUUCCUCCUCAUGGUGCCUUCUGCAGUGCACCUGACAGUUCAAGAUCAAGUCCAUCAAGAAGUCCAUUGAGAUCAUUUGGCACAGAACAGGUGUUGAACUCUGCUUUUUGGGCCGGAAAGCCAUAUCCAGAGGUCAAUUUUGGUGGAUCUGGCCACUGCUCAAGUCCUGGUUCUGGUCACAAUUCUGGGCAUAAUUCAAUGGGAGGGGACAUGUCAGGGCAGUUAUUUUGGCAACCUAGCAGGGGUAGCCCAGAGUAUUCCCCCGUACCUAGUCCCAGAAUGACUAGCCCAGGUCCAAGCUCUAGAAUUCAGAGUGGAGCUGUUACACCUAUUCAUCCAAGAGCUGGGGGAACACCCAAUGAAUCACAAACAGGAAGGGUUGAUGAUGUAAAACCACAGAGUCAUCGUUUACCCCUUCCUCCCUUAGCAGUUACCAAUACUUUGCCUUUCUCUCAUUCAAAUUCUGCAGCAACUUCUCCAUCUAUGCCAAGAAGUCCUGGAAGAGCAGAUAAUCCAAUUAGCCCUGGAUCACGUUGGAAAAAAGGAAAGCUGCUUGGCAGAGGCACAUUUGGACAUGUCUAUGUUGGCUUUAAUAAGGAAAGUGGUGAAAUGUGUGCUAUGAAAGAGGUAACUCUGUUUUCAGAUGAUGCCAAAUCUAAAGAAAGUGCUAAGCAAUUAAUGCAGGAAAUUACCUUGUUGAGCCGGUUACGACAUCCAAAUAUAGUGCAGUAUUAUGGUUCCGAAACAGUAGGCGACAAGCUUUACAUAUAUCUGGAGUAUGUUGCUGGAGGCUCCAUAUAUAAACUUCUUCAAGAAUAUGGACAAUUUGGUGAACUAGCUAUUCGUAGUUUUACUCAACAAAUUUUGUCAGGACUUGCUUAUUUACAUGCUAAAAAUACUGUCCACAGGGACAUCAAAGGAGCAAAUAUACUGGUAGAUACUAAUGGCCGGGUUAAGUUGGCAGACUUUGGCAUGGCAAAGCAUAUAACAGGGCAAUCAUGUCCAUUAUCAUUCAAGGGAAGCCCCUAUUGGAUGGCUCCUGAGGUUAUAAAAAACUCUAAUGGUUGCAACCUAGCUGUUGAUAUAUGGAGCCUUGGAUGCACAGUUUUGGAAAUGGCUACAACUAAACCUCCUUGGAGUCAGUAUGAAGGGGUUGCUGCCAUGUUCAAGAUUGGUAAUAGCAAGGAACUCCCAACAAUCCCAGAUCAUCUCUCUUGUGAAGGAAAGGAUUUUGUUAGGAAAUGCCUACAACGUAAUCCACACAAUCGCCCUUCAGCCAGUGAAUUAUUGGACCACCCUUUUGUAAAAUAUGCUGCACCUUUAGAAAGACCUAUUCUGGGUCCUGAGUCUCCUUCAGACCCAGCAGUAUCAGGGAUCACACAAGGAGCUACAACUUCGGGCAUUGGACAAGGAAGGAAUCCAUCUAAGUUGGAUUCAGAUCGACUUUCUCUUCAUUCUUCUAGGUUUUUGAAAACUAAUCCUCAUGCAAGUGAAAUCCAUAUUCCAAGGAAUAUAUCUUGCCCUGUCUCACCCAUUGGAAGCCCACUUUUGAGGCCAAGAUCGCCACAACACAUGAAUGGGCGAAUGUCUCCCUCCCCUAUAUCUAGCCCUCGGACUGCUUCUGGUGCAUCCACACCUCUCAAUGGUGGUAGUGGUGCCAUUCCAUUUAGUAAUCACUUAGUUUACAUUCAAGAGGGUCUUGGAAGCUUGCCAAAGUCUUCAAAUGGUGUCUACGUUAGUGUCCCUGCUGCUCAUCAUGACUUGAAUAUUGACAUUUUUCGAGGAAUGCAACAGACAUCUCACAUUACAUCAGAACUGGUUCCAAGUGAAAGUGAUGUUUUGGGGAAGCAGUUUGCACGGUCUCCUCAUAAUGAGCCGUAUGAUGUUCAAUCAGUCUUGGCUGACCGUGUUUGCCGGCAGCUGCUGGGGGAUAAUGUGAAAAUUAACCCAUCCCUUGAUCUAAGUCCCAACUCUUUGCUCAGCCGGGCUAAUGGUUUAUGACAUGGAGCAUUUUCCUUGGCCCACUUUUUGAGCAAGUCUUCGAUGUUCGUCAGAAUGAUCCAUUUAUUGUUCUAUUUGCUGAGGAAGUAAUUGUAAAAUAAGGAGCCAAAGCAUAGGAGAAUCAAUGUAAUAAAUUUUGAUCUAAGAAUAUAGGAGCUGGGGCAUAUAAUUCCAUUUUGCAUGGCUUCAGGCUCAGGCUAGUGGAGUUCAGAACCUUUCAUUGGAAGUGCCAAACUAAGCCUUAGGAUGAAACUUCCUGACAUUUGAUUUGUCUAUAUCAACUGAAGGCUGCAAAAAGAGGAGCUUAUGUUUGUAUGUAGAAUUUUCAAGAUGCUGGCAGCAUCAGUGCAUGAUGAGUAGGGAGCUUGGAUUUCUCUCUGGUGCCUAAGAUAUGAGAAAUGGUAGGAUUAAUGUUAAUAUUAACUCAAGGAAUGAGUUUUUCUAAUCAUAUGUAUGCAGUUCCUUCAGUUAAAGAAUUCAUGCAAUGACAACUGUAUCUUUUAGAACAUCAUAUAGAUGCCAAAACAAAAAAUGAAAUUGGUACAAAAUUUAGUUUCUAGACUAUUUUUUGGGAGGUGAUAUUGCUGUACAGAAUAUGGGAGACUGUAUUGUGAUUCUGCUUUUAUUGAUGGGAAGCUAAGGAUUUGUGGAACCUAUACAUCUCUUGAUUGCAUGCUCAGAUGUAUUCUGUCAUUAUAUACCCCUUCUACUGGAUUUAUUUUGUACAUUAUCAUUUGAAGUAAAAAAUUGAAGAUAAUGAUUUGUGAUCCUCUCAA